GGGGUAUAAAGCGUGGCUGGUCUUGGAAAGGGGGGCACUCAACACUCACAGGCAAAACGAGUUCGGAGCAGGAGGGACAGGGAGGAGCACGGAGCACAGACAUGGAGGAUGACUUUGGGCAGCAGGUGAAGAAGGUGGCCAUGGCUUUGGGCGCCUCGCUGAGCGACCAGGACAUCGAGCGCAUUCCCAGGGAGAUGCGGCUGCAAGGGAACUUCAACUACAGCUUAUUCUUGGAGUACAUGCGACAGUUCAAGACCUCGGAGGAGAAGGAAGAGAUGAUCAAGAGGGCCUUCCGGACGCUGGACAAAGACGGCAGCGGCUACAUCGAGUGGAACGAGAUCAAGUACAUCCUGUCCACCAUUCCCAGCUCGGUACCCUUGGCGCCGCUGUCGGACGAUGAGGCAGAAGCGAUCAUGCAGGUCGCAGACGUCGACGGCGAUGGACGAAUCAACUUUAAGGAGUUCGCCGAGAUGGUCACACUGGAGAAGAAACCCAGGAAAUGAACACCGGACCAACAAAUAACAGCUGGAAGGUUCCGGGGACGAUGGGGCUCCCUGCCUUGGACCUCCGGGACUUAGAACAAGGCCUGUAAUUCUAACCGGAACCGACAUAUCGAUGUAAGAUGCUUGUGUACCAAUCUGUUAAAAAGAAAAGUAUGGAACAGAGAGGGCUUCUAACCGUUUCAGUCAGAGAGAGAUAAGCAGAGGGAAUGUGUUGGGGUUUCCUAAGCCAGUCAUUUAAAUAGCAUGUUAUCCUCUAUCUAUCUAUUUAUAUCUAUCUUAGGGGCCUUUUGGUUUUCAGGCCACACAUGAAAGAAGUUUAAUAAAAAGAAUCAAGAAUAAA